AUGCCAAAGAUCAAGAAAGAUAAUGCAAGGGGAGUUACAGCUACCUCGAGCAAGAACAAAAAGGCUCGUCCAGAAACUUGCGAGGACUUUAUUGACCUGGCCUCAGACCUCGAGGAAUCAGGCGAUCGUUGGGUACAGCAGCCCGACAAGUCCCAUCGUUUCUAUCUACAAGCUGCUGAAGCCUAUGAUACUGCUGUCAAUCUAGACUCUGCCAAUGCGGAUGCAGCGUAUAAUGCUGCCAGACUACCUCUUGUCAUGGCUCAAAAUUGUGCUUUGCUUGCCACUCAGCAGAUAGAAUUGCUUGAAAGGGCAGCUGAUGCACACAGAAGCUUUCUAUCACGUUGGACGAAUCAUGUGGAUGCCAAAUUCAACCUUGCCACGGUGCUUUUGCUUUCGAUUGAGCUUGUCACGACACACGAAGUCUUGGUAGCGAUGCGAAACGACGACGUUAUUGAAAAGAAUCUGCUGCAAGCUAUGGAGCUACUUGAAUCAUGUCGGGAGGUUCAGACUGCUGAGCUUGCCAAGAUGGCCGAAGAUGAUGAGACUGCGCCUGCAAAUGCUCCAGAUGCUGCUAUGGACGAAACAGAGGAAGCUCAAGACGUCAAUUAUAUUACUCCCGACAUUCUUUUGGACACACUGAUUGCCAUGGCUGAUGCGUAUAGCAAUAUGCUCGAUGCAUCCAUUGCUGUGCAACAUCUUGAAACGACAAGACAGUACAUCCUGACGCAAGUGGGUCCGCAGGCCGAGGCAAUCUUGCCACGCUGUGCGGACCCAAAUGAGGCAGCCAGUCGUUGGCAGGAUGUGCAGCGCAGUGUUCAGCUAUCAGAGUUAUCCUGCGCCCAUGAGCAUGGCUCGCUGUCCCUGAUGGAUUGGAAGAGUUCGCUCGAGGAAAUCAUUGCGAAUGGUCCCGCAACGCUCGAGGCGGCAUGUAGCUACAGUGACGCAUGUAUUGACUUGGCCAAGGCCAUGCAGGCGGAAGUCACAGACGAGGCAACACUACAAGAGGUAUGGAAGGUCUAUACUGCGGGAGCGGCUGCACAAUUGAGUGCUGCCGUACAGCUCGCUACCGCUGCACAAUCACGACGGCCUGAUGUAUGGGUCUCUCGCGCUGAUAUUGAAUUGCUUCGCUCGAAUAUCGGAAGCAAGACGAGUCUGAAGAAUCAGCAGGUGCUUCGGACAAACGCCAAGGUGUACUACAAGAGAGCUGUUGCAGAGUGUCUUCCGAAGCAUAUUCGGACGCAACGCGAGGCGGCACUCAAGCUUGCUGUUGUCAGUGCUGAACUUGGAGAUGUAGCUGAUCAUCUCUGA